CCACUAGAAUCCUUAGAUUUACACGCCGACAAGUCAGGUUUAUUAAAUCCUUGCCAUUAUUAAGUGCUUGGUGUUCACUUGAUAAAAAUGCACUUAAAGGAGAAAACAGAAAAAAUUACAAACAAAAAAAAAAAAGAGUAAAAAACUUCCAGUUCCAGGGAAGAACAUUUUCAUUUUACAAAUAUCUUUUUCUUUUUUUCAAUGAAUGCUUGUCCAGGGGCCUGUGCUUCUCCUUGGCUCUGCAGUUUCUUUGUUUCUGCUUAAGGUGUUGAGUUCAUAAUUUGCUGAAAAGUUCAGUAUUGAAGAACUUCCAGCUUUUAAGGUUCUAUAACUGCGAGGUAAAGUUUCUCAGAAUCUCGGUGGUAUGUUUCAUUACCUUGCUUUUGCCUAAGUUUUAGAAACAAAAACGUUUCUGUCAUAACUCUGUGACGAAUCUGUGUCAUUCCUCGACGGUGGUCUUCUGUUUCAGCUAUAAGCUCUUGUCUUUGUUGCAUUUGCUUCAUGUCAGGUUCAAGUGGCUUCUCCCAUCUUUGGCUGCCUAUAUUCACUUCUCGUAAGGAACUGUAAAAGGAAGAAAACUUUCCAUGGAGAAUUGUAGCUUGUUUUUACUGUUAUGUCUUACAUGGAGUCUGUUUAUCUUGAGUGACUCUCAAUUACAAAACUCUCAAACGCAAGUGCUUCUUCAGCUAAAGAAGCAUUUAGAGUACCCAAAGCAACUAGAGAUAUGGUAUGAUCGUAAAACAGAAUUUUGUUUUUUAUCUCCAUCUGCACAAGUAAACAUCUCAUGCCAGUACAAUUCCGUGACUGAGCUCAAAAUAAUGGGUGAUAAGCCUGCCAGUGAGGUUAGUGAUUUCCUUGGUUUUGCAAUACCCAACCAAACUCUAUCAGAGAGUUUCUCAAUGGAUUCCUUUGUUACAACUCUGUCGAGGCUACCAAGCUUGAAAGUUCUUAGUCUGGUCUCCCUGGGCAUAUGGGGUCCUCUUCCAGAUAAAAUUCAUCGGUUGUCUUCACUUGAAUACUUGGAUUUGAGCUCCAAUUUUCUCUUUGGCUCAAUACCUCCUAAAAUUUCCACAUUGGUGAAGCUCCAAGCUUUUGUAUUAGAUGAUAAUUUCUUUAAUGACACGAUUCCCGGUUGGUUAGACUCUUUGUCUAAUCUGACAAUUCUGAGCAUGAGGAAUAACCGGCUGAAAGGUCCUUUCCCAUCUUCAAUAAAGGGCAUUACUACUCUCACUAAUCUUGCUUUGUCUAGCAAUGAGAUAACAGGGAAAUUGCCAGAUCUUAGCAGCUUAAGAAAACUGAAUGUGCUGGAUUUGAGUGGAAACAAGUUAGGUUCUUCUUUGCCGACUAUGCCCAAAGGCGUGGUUCUGGCUUUCCUCAGCAACAACUCUUUCUUGGGGGAAAUUCCACCAAAAUAUGGCCAGCUAAGUCAGCUCCAGCACAUCGAUGUCUCAUUCAAUAUGCUAAGUGGCACACUUCCAGCUGAACUUUUCUCAUUGCCAAAUAUCAGUUACUUGAAUUUGGCAUCAAAUGCGUUAAGCGGGUCCCUUUCAGACAAUCUAAGCUGUGGCAGCAAACUUAAGUUUGUUGAUAUAUCGAACAACAGGCUAAUGGGAAGCUUGCCUUCUUGUUUGCACUCUGAAUCAGGCAAUAGAGUUGUUAAGUUCAGUGGCAAUUGUUUAUCCGCCGAUGAACAUCAUCAGCACCCAGAGUCAUAUUGCAGAGACCUAGAAGUUCAUAUGUACAGGACCAAUGCUGGUGCCAAGGGCAUAGGAGUAUUAGUUAGUCUUAUUGUAGGAAUAGCUGCUGUUAUAGUGCUUCUGGCUAUUGGCUUUCUCAUUGUGUGCAGAAGAUACUGCCCUGGAGGGAUAUCGGAGCAACAGUUGCUGCACAAAUCAGUACAAGACAACUCAACAGCAGGGUUCUCAUCUGAGAUCCUAACCAAUGCAAUGUAUAUAUCUGAAGCUGCAAGGUUGGGCGCACAAGGUCUCCCAGCUUGUCGGUCUUUCACUUUGGAAGAGUUAAAGGAAGCUACAAACAACUUUGAUAACUCUGCUUUUCUGGGUGAAGGUUCAUACGGAAAGCUUUUCAAAGGAAGACUGGAGAGUGGAACCCAAGUUGCUAUAAGGUGCCUGCCUACAUCAAAGAAAUACUGGAUUCGAAAUCUCAAACUCAGGUUGGAUAUACUUUCAAAGAUUCGCCACCCGCACUUGGUUUGCAUUUUGGGGCACUGCAUUGAAGUUGGACAAGAUGACGGCAGUGUUAACAGAGUCUUCCUUGUAUAUGAAUACAUCCCUAAUGGGAAUUUUCGUUCUCAUCUUUCUGUAGAGAAUUGCUCUGGAGGGGUUCUCAAUUGGUCAGAACGCUUAGCAGUUUUAAUUGGAAUUUGCAAGGCCGUGCACUUCUUGCAUACAGGAGUUAUUCCUGGUUUCUUUUACAACCGGUUGAAGACAAAUAACAUCUUGCUCAACGAGCAUCGAGUGGCAAAACUGGGUGAUUACGGGCUGUCAAUUAUCUCUGAAGAAAACGACAAUUAUGGGGCAAAAGGACAGGAACCUAAAUCAUGGCAAAUGACAAGAUUAGAGGAUGAUGUUUAUAGCUUUGGACUCAUUCUGCUGGAGUCAAUGAUAGGGCCUUCCAUAGCUGCUAAAAAAGAGGCGACUCUACGAGAUGAAUUGGCAUUGUUAAACAACCAGGAUGGGCGGGCAAGGAUCAUGAACCCAGUUGUUUCAGCUACUUGCUCGCAAGAAUCUAUAUCAAUCAUGAUUUCCAUUACCAAUAAGUGCAUUUGUCCAGAAUUAUGGAGCCGUCCAUCUUUCGAGGACAUCCUUUGGAAUUUGCAAUAUGCAGCACAAGUCCAGGCGAAUGCAGAUGCUGAACAUAGGUUCCGCAGUGUAUAGUUCUUUACAUGUGGAGCAAGUUUGUAAUUAUUCUAUAUUUUGUUUAGAAUUGUAAUAAAAGAAAUUUUAUUUGGAAUG